CGUAGUGCAACAUCCUGCUUCACGGAAAGCGAUGGAAAGCGGUACUUUCGGCUGAUAUGUGGGUCACGCGCCUGUGAAAACUCUGUUGGAAAUGAGUCGGCCGCACAGUCGCUGGCUGUAUGCCGCGUGAUCGUCGAGCAUGGUUCCGUCGCGAUCGUCAACGGCUGCAACUCCAGCCGGGACAAAGCAUAAGCUCAGCAGCAAUUCAGAUACAAAGACGGGCAGCAAAAAUCAACCUGCGUCGAGUAAGCGCAGCGCCGGUGGUACACAGAAAAGGCUUAGGGCUUUGGAUAGCAAACCAGCAGGGUCGAUUCUCAAGCAGUCAAGACUGACGUUUGGCCCACCCGGCAGCACAACGUCACCAUGGCUCCCGCCAUCAUCCUGCUUUGACAGCGCUGCAAGCCAAAAUUCACACGCUUCGCAACAAAAUCGAAGCGGAUCCGAGCAGCCAGAUUCUCAACCAGUGACGCGGCUCUGCAAAAGGCGAGCGCAGGCGAUCGACCUGCGCGAGGUGGAGGAAAGUGUGCAAGACCAUUCGUGGGACGUCAUUGACGAUGCGACCAGCGACGAGGAGGAAGACGAUGCGGCUCAAUCCUUAAAAGGCCUAUCAUAUUCUAAAAAGCUCGGUACAGCCUCUUUGAGCUCUAUGAAUACACCAGCGCCUGCAAGGAGUCCGUUUGACGACAUUUGGUCACUCACCUUCCCCCCAACGACCCGCGCGGACCUGUCAGUACACAAGAAGAAGGUCGAGGAAGUGGAGCGAUGGCUGCGGGAUGCACUUCAAGGCCCUAAUCAGAUGCGCAAGUACCGGCGUUUGCUUUGCUUGAGUGGCCCCAGUGGGAGCGGAAAGAGCACGGUGAUGGACAUUUUGGCCAAGCAAGAGGAAAUCGGAUUCGACGUAGCUAGCUUCGAUAAUCGCGCGACAAGCGGUGGGCAAGGGUAUAUGCAGGCGUCGCGAGCAAUGGGCGAGCGUGGAUCAACGGGUCUGACGGAGAAGUUUGCCGAAUUUGUGCUCUACGCUGCUGGGCCCAGGCGGCUCAAGCUUGGCGACGAUGAUGAACCAAGCAAGCAACACUCGAGCUCCACAGAGACAGGUGUCGUGCGGAAAAGCUUUCGCUUCGAUACAGCACCGGAAACGUUGCCCUCGUCUUCCUCUAACGCCAAUAAAGUGAUCAUCAUUGAUGAUUUGCCCAACUUGUCGCAUCUGCCAACAAAGGAAACAUUCCAAAGUUCGCUCGAAAUGCUUCUUCGCAAACCAUUGACUCAAUUCGAUGAGUAUGGGAAGUUGCUCAACAUUCCCGUUGUCGUCAUCCUCUCUGAGUCAUUGCCCAGGGCUAGCGAGGAAAGCUGGGCAAGCGGCGGUGGCGAUGGUGGCGGCUGGAAAGAGAGGAUGACUAGCACAUGGGACGUGAGGACCGUGUUUGGGGAUGUCAUCCGAAAUCAUCCCGGGUUUGCAGAAAUCAAGUUCAAUCCUAUCCCAACCACGCUGAUGAAGUCGGGUCUCAAGAGGAUCGUCGAUCUGGCCCUUGGACCGGGUCAUGACAGCACUGCCACUGGCGCAAUCUCCCCCACAUCCAAUGCAAAAACGAUCAGCAAAAAGCGCAAAGCAAAGUCAAAGCCGGACAGCGAUGGUGAUGCCAGUAUUGGUGACGACAUGCUGAGUACUGCCACGCUGCUUUCCGAUGCCAUUGCCAAGCACAGUGACGGCGACAUCCGAAGUGCGAUUAAUGCAUUGCAGACCGCUCUUCGUCUCGAUGCUGCAGGUGCGCCAGCCCUAGCAACGAGUGCAGUCCUCGGUAGCGUGGAAAGCGAUACUGAUCUAGAGGUUGUCGCUGCCAAGAGCGCCAAGACGGCACGGGAAGGCAGAAGCAGGCGAUUGGCAGUGGGAACGAAUCAGGCCAGGAAGAGGGUCACUAGCAAGGAAAAGGUCGAUCAGCUUAUGACGCUCGUUGCGGAGCGGGAAUCAUCGAUGGCUCUCUGGCAUGCCCUGGGCAAAGUCCUCUACAACAAAAGAGCCGGUGAAGAGAAAGAUGAAAUGGAGCGUGCGAUGAUGCGCGACCUGGCAACUCGUACCAGCAGGCAGGACCUGCUCCCUGAGCAUAUGCUCCAUCUAGAACGGAAGCUCAGCAUGGUCGAUAUUGAUGCCCUGUGGCUUCAAGUCUCAGUCGAGCCAUCCAACUUUCUAAUCUUCUUGCACCACAAUUACCCUCAAUUCUGUGAGGACCUAGACGAGUGCGCCAGGAUCGUCGAUCAAUACAGCUUUGUAGAUGCUCGAUUGCAUCCUGAGCACGAGAGUUGGCUCAGCUCAUCUCUGUCUGCCUACUACCACUUCGUGGUAUCGAGCAAGGCCACAAUGCUGCACCUGCCGUCGCCAGUACCACGCAAUAGACAGAAGCUCAACAAGCCUCACUUCUGGGACGUCGGAAAGCGUAGCAAGCAGUUCAGUGAUGGUCUUUCAGAUGCUCAGGCGUACUUUCAACGCAAAGCUUCCCGAUGUAUGAGCAGUGCAGAGCAGCAAGACGAUGCUUUUGCAUAUCUCACUCUCAGCAGUAGUAGUUCCACUGCACUUGCUACGGAGGUCUUGCCUUUACUGGCUAAAUUUCGGAGCUCAGAGGGUCAGUGGUCUUUUCCUCUUCAGAUGUGCACUUCUGCGCUAAUAUUCGGCUUCCCCCCAUUUCUCAGGCAACGACAACGUUCUGCCGGAAAGCCUCAGCUCUCUCGGCGAAUUGUCCUUCUCAUCGCGAAUUGGCGUGCAUGGUGAAGACGACUCCGACCUUGAGCAUGGAGUCGAUGAAGACACCGAGGACGGCGGCGCCGCACAGUCGAUGGGGGCUAUCGCGUUGCGCAAGAAAGACUUGCAAGCCGAAGCUAGCACCCUUGGGCGUUCAGAUCGUAGCGGAGAAGCCCAUCUCAUAGAUGUAGAAGACAUUGAAGUGGAAAUGGGAGGAGAGCUGUCUGAUGACGAGAUUGACGACUUUUGAAGGGAUGAACUUGACGGUUUGUCCACAUAUCACAUGUAGCGUAGUAUCUGUAUCAUAAAACGUUCAAGCA